GUAAGAGUCAUACUUCUACUGUUCUACCGUCUUCCUCGCUUCGCGCCGGCGCCAGCCCUUAAUCGAAAGACCUAGGGCUGUACCUUGCUUCACUGCAACUUGCUGAAGCCAUGGAUCCUCAACCUGAGCCUGUAAGCUACAUCUGUGGGGAUUGUGGGAUGGAGAACACUCUUAAACCCGGCGACGUGAUACAGUGCCGAGAAUGCGGUUAUCGGAUUCUGUACAAAAAGCGUACUCGUCGCAUUGUUCAGUAUGAAGCUCGCUGAAGCAAACUGUCGCACCAUGGCUGGCAAAUUGCUGGAAAACCAUCACAUCAUGGUCUUGAAGAUGGUUAUCAGUAUGCUGUCCAUAAAAUUGUGGAACAAACUGAUACUUGAACUUUGUCGUUAACUCUGCUCUUGUGGUUGCAUUUGUGUAAUGAUUGGUAUUGCAAGUGCCAUUUUGUGGGGACUUACAUAUGGUAAAAGAAAUUGAACUGUGAAGUGUGUGGUUUUGUUCUAGA